AUGGCGGCUUAUGACGGAGCGGGAAACCCAAGGGAGCAUAUCCUCAACUAUAAGAUUUUCAUGGAGUUGCAGACUCUAUUGGAUGCCUUGAUGUGUAAGGUAUUCCCCACGACGCUCGCAGGGCCGGCACGGGCAUGGUUUAACAGCCUGGAGGCUGGAAGCAUCAGAAGCUUUGGAGAUUUGGCCACUAUCUUCAUCAGUCGGUUCAUUGCCGGAGUACCUGCGGACAGAAAGACAAGCUACCUGGAGACAGUCCGUCAGAGGAUGAAUGAGACUUUAAGGGAGUAUGUCGCCUGUUUUAACACUGAGGCCCUACAGAUCCCUGAGCUGGAUGAAAAUCGAGCUGUGGAAGCAAUGCAAAAAGGGACGACCUCCCCAGAGUUCUUUGGCUCGUUAAGCAGGAAACCGCCGACCUCGCUGGCAGAGCUGAUGAAGAGGGCGGAGAAAUACAUAAGGCAGAACGAUGCCUUAGUAACAAGCAGAUUCGCCAAAGAGGCGACGGAUAGGGGAAAAGCCCCAGAAGAAAGGAGGCCGGAAAGGCAGGAGAAAAAGCAAAGCAAAAGGCCUGAGCAGUACAGACAGCCCUGGGAUCGAAGGGACCAGAGACCCUUCCCCCCUCGGGUUCCAGAACAAAAGCCGUUUCCCCAGCGGAUUUCAGAGAACCUGACCCCAUUCAACGCCUCUAGAGCCGAGAAACCAGAGGGAGAAAGGCCUCAGCCAAACCCUACACCAGAAAGACCCCGGAGAGCUGGAGCAGGACCGGUGAAUGACGGCUCCAGUGGGACCAUCAACAUGAUUGUGGAAGGAACUGGAGGUCAGAUGAGCCGAAGGGGAAAGAAGAGAGGCCGAGACGGGGAGGGCAGCAGUGCCGAGGUCAUGCAGGUAGUUGAACAUUCUCCAGUGACCAUCUCCUUCUCUCUAGAGGAUGCCCAGGGCAUUCAGAUGCCUCACGACGAUGCUCUUGUUGUCGAAGUCGUCAUCCACAACUACCGAGUGAAGAAGGUUCUCGUCGACGACGGAAGCAAAGUGAAUUUAUUACCAUACAGGGUCUUCCAGUAG